AAACCGUGGUCUCUCGCGACGGAUACGUAACGUAGAACAUGGGACCGAUAUAAUGACUCAGUAGGACCGGAUGGGAGCUGGAAGAUCUUGUCUAGGUAUUCGUCUUUAGCGAACAGGGUGUUGCUGCAUAGGCGGGAAGUAACCCAGGGAGGGGCGAGGUGCGGGCCUUAAGUAGUUGGUGGUAGCAGAAGUAGAGUGUGUUGUGUGCACGUAUUUAUCAUUUCUGGUUCCAGGUUGACAGAGUGCUUGGGUGUCGUUCGUGUGGCGAAGGAUAAUCUGGGUGGUCAGUUUGUGGGGCAGUGCUAAGGUGAGGAUAUGGAGGCUCUGAUUGUGUACCAGGAGGGUAUUGCCUCUUACGCUGGAAUUUGCGAAUUGUGUGCUUUUGAAUCCCGCUGGUUCUUCCGCCCCUGCUUUCGCUUUCGUUUUUCUCGUCCUGGAUUGUAGGGGAAGCGUACACUGGAGGUUAGUAGAUUGCGUCGCAAUUUGUGUUACUUAUAGAAUGGGUUUGUCUCGUCUUCGUACCCCGUCUGCGUCGCGCAAGGAGAUUCCUCGCAGGACAUGUGCGACGGGUGCUUUUAGUUUGCAAGGGUCGAGGGUUUUCAGCAACUUUGUAGUGUGCUGGUUGCUCAUUUGCACGACAGUAAUGGCGGAGACAGCUCAGCCAAGUGCAACGGGUGUUGGUCUAGCACGGGAUUCUAUUAUAUUCUACAAUUAUCCGCUUGCGUUCAACCCUGCGAAAGCAAAGCUUGCUCUGGAGGAGAAGGGUAUUAAGUAUACUGAGAAGAAGAUCGACCUCUUUAAUGGCCAAUCCUUGGAGCCUUGGUACCUGAAGCUGAACCCGGCGGCAUCAUCCCCGACUCUAGUUGUUGGCGAUGAGAAAAUUGUGGAAUCUGCGGACAUCAUUAGAUGGGCAGACAGCCAGGGUGCUCCUCUUGGCGGAGAUUCUGUGGACAGGGCCUUCGUGAAGGAGUGGCUUGAGAAAGUGGAUGCCUGGGAUGGCAAUCUGUUCGCGGCAGCGAACUCUUCAUCUAGCGGUGCAAUCAAAUUUGGCACGAAGCACAAAAUAAAAGUAGCUGAGGCGAACAUGAAGCGUAACCCUGACAUGGCUGAGCUGUACAAGAAGAAGAUUGCAACCAUGGAAGCACAACUCGCUGAGCCAGACAACCGCGAAGCGGUCGAGCAGAACCUCAGGCAGCUUGCAGGUCUAUUAGACGAGGCAGAAGCAAGGCUCUCAACAAACAAGUUCCUGGCUGGGGAUUCUUACUCGGCCGCCGAUUGCAUCUUCACUCCUGUCAUAUACCGAUUGUUCAUGGUGAAAAAAGACAAGGAGUUUCUCGAGCCUCGACCGAACAUCCAGCGCUACUACGAUGAGUUGAAGAAAAGGCCCAGCUACAAGAAAGUAUUCGGCGUUGCAGACAGUGGCUUCUGCACUGCCCAGACCAUCUUGCCUGCUUUCGGAAAGAUUCUUCUCCAGAAGGUCACGGGAAAAUACUAGCGAUUGCUACAGUUUGAGUGCGUCCCCAUUUCCUUGCGUCUGUAAUCUUCUGUACCAGUACUUUGUAAAUGCCGUUUAUUUCGCUCUCUCGACGAUUGGAUAUCUUCACUUCGGUUUCGGAUCUCUGUUAGUUUUGGGCUUCUGUGACAUGGCCACCUGAACAAUCUCCACCGAAAUCCACGAGUUAGAAACGUGCUACGGCUGUGCAAAUUCCGAGUUGAGACCGAAUUAGGAUUUGCAUGGAUUCGAGUCCUUUGCUAGAAGUGGUCAAAAUGCUUCGCAUCGCUUUUCAUUAGUCCUCGUGGCAAGAUCUAGGGCCUUUUAAGUUGAGAAAGCUACUUUCUUUAUCCCAGUUCUGUUCAAUUUGAGCUCUUGUUCGCUGGAUGAUAGGUUGGUUGUCAAUUUCAGGACGCGGCUUGUUGAGGAAUACAUGAAUCUACAAAUUUUUUAUUUUUUUGUUUUUUUAUUUUUAUUAACUAGCUUGCGUGAUUAUAGACGCAAUGUGACGUACCUGUUACAUUGUAACUUGUUUAGUGGUACUUAUUCGAUGGUCUGUCCCAUGAUGCCAUGAUUUGAAUGUAAUAUCUUGCCAAAGUUUUCAUUA